AUGUGCCACGUACGCACCAUUGCUUCUCUUCUCCACCUUCCAAACCUGUCUCUCUCCCCUUCCUACUUCCGCCUCUCCCUCUCCCUCUCACUUCCAUCACCCCCCUCAGUCUCUACCCUCACCAUGCAUUCUCCUCUCUCUGCUCUGCCCCCAUGCUUGUGCUGCAACCCAACCUUUUCUGUGACGCUCCCUCUUGAACUCCUCCCACUUCUGUUCCCCUUUUUCUUGUGCGCGCCCCCCUUCUGCUCCCCCUCCCCCUUGUGCGCGCCCUCCUUCUGCUCCCCCUCCCCCUUGUGCGCGCCCCCCUUCUGCUCCCCUCCCCCUUGUGCGCCCAUCCCUCUCCUGUCCAUAUGCCCCCCCCUUUUUGUCCGUAUCCGCCCCUCUCCCCGCCUGGUGCACAGGCAGCCUUCUAAUCAACCUGCUACCUACGGUUCUGUUGCUCCUCCACGUGGCGAGCAGCGCACUCAUGCUAGUGACGUGGCAUAUGACUCGUUCCAGCCUGCUGACGUGGCGUGUGACGUGUCCCUGCCACGUGUGCUGCACGAGGGCAGCGAGAGGAAUGAGAAGGAGGAUGUAGAGGGAGUAAGGGAGAUGGAAGGAAGAGGAGGUAUAGGGGAGGCAGGCAAGAGAGAGAGUGUGAAAAGGAAGUUUGUAUCAGGAGAGAAAGAGGAGAGGCAGGAGAAGGAGAGGAAGGUCGAAGGGGACGGGAGGGUUGAUAAAGGGAGUAUUGAGCCUCUUCGUCCACCUCCUCCCCUUGCUCCUCAUACCGCUGCCGCGCACCCGCCUUCCUGCCCUCGCCCUCGCCCAGUAAUCGUAUGGGACCUUGAUGAAACCCUAAUUAUCUUCCAAUCGCUGCUCUCCGGAAAGUUCGCCAAGACUCUUUUGGCAGACAGGGAGUCAGCGGGGGCAAGUGGGGCAGGGGGGAACAGUGGCAGAGUGGUGGAGGCGGGGGGAAGCAACAGCAAAAAGGUGGAGCAGCGGGCACGGGAGUUGGGCGAGGCGUGGGAGAGGUUGAUUCUUGACGUGUGUGACGACCACUUUUUCUUCAAAGAGGUGAGCGCACUUGUGU